AAGUCAAUUUUUGAUCUUCUUUCUGUUUUCUUGAAUUGGGUACGCAUGCUUUUGUCAAACAUCAAGUGGGUUUGAUUCAUAAAUCACAAAAGGCCAUGUACUUUUAUGGGUGUUAUUGAGGUUUUCCUCGGAGAAAUCAAUGAAUCUUGGAAGUCAAGUACUGGUCAGCAAACAGUCGAUGAUGCCUAGUUCAAGUGGUGCUUCUUGGAAUUCUGUCGGCGCCGGUGAUGGCGAUGGUAAUAGCUCCGACCAAUUUCCGGCUGGUUUACGGGUGCUUGUUGUCGACGAUGACCCAACUUGUCUCAUGAUCUUAGAGAAGAUGCUAAGAACUUGCAAAUAUGAAGCGACUAAAUGCAAUAGAGCCGAAGUUGCUUUAUCCUUAUUGAGGGAAAACAAAAAUGGGUUUGAUGUAGUGAUUAGUGAUGUUCAUAUGCCUGAUAUGGAUGGAUUCAGACUCCUUGUACACAUUGGGCUUGAGAUGGACCUUCCUGUUAUCAUGAUGUCAGCUGACGACAGCAAGAGUGUAGUUAUGAAGGGUGUUACUCACGGGGCUUGCGACUAUUUAAUAAAGCCUGUGCGUAUGGAGGCAUUACGUAACAUCUGGCAACAUGUGGUUCGAAAAAGAAAGCAUGAAUGGAAAGAUAUCGAGCCAUCCGUAAGUUUGGAUGAAGGUAACCAACAACAGAAGAAACAACCUGAAGAUCCCGACUGCACGUCUUCUGCUAAUGAAGGGCAUAAUUGUAAAACCGCAAAGAGAAGGAAAGACGAUGAGGAUGAAGCUGAGGAAAAAGAACAUUCUUCUUCUUCUUCGAAGAAGCCUCGGGUUGCUUGGUCCAUGGAGCUUCAUCAACAGUUUGUUGCAGCCGUUAAUCAGCUUGGAUUCGAUAAGGCUGUUCCGAAGAAAAUCUUGGACCUCAUGAACGUUCCUGGAAUAACACGAGAAAACGUUGCCAGCCACCUUCAGAAAUAUCGGAUUUAUCUUAGAAAACUCGGUGGGCCCCAGCAAUCGGGCACGAUCAACCCUUCUUUUAUGGGCAAUCUUGAUGCAGGUUAUGGGUCACUCAAUGAGCUUGAUCUUCAAGCCCUAGCAGCCAGUGGUCAACUCAAUCAACUCCCUGCUCAAAGUCUUGCAAGCCUUCAAGCCGUGGCCCUUGGCAGGUCGGCCAACCCCAGAUCUAUUUCUGUGCCCCUAAUUGAUCAAAGAAAUGUAUUUAGCUUCGAGAACCCAAAACUGAGAUACGGGCAAGUCCAAAACCGCCAUGGGUAUAAUAGUAAUAUCAGCAAGCAGAUGAAUUUGCUUCACGGGGUUCCCACAACUAUGGAGCCGAAGCAGCUUGCCGGGUUUCGGCAUUCCUUCAACGGCAUGAAUAGCCAAGGCUUGAUUCCGAUGACUGGUCAAAGUCAAACUCAUGAUCAUUUAUCGAGACGGCCUGUUUUGUCAAAUGGAAUGGUUGGCAACACGAGAGAUACAGCAACAGCAGUGUACAAUUCGGCUGCCUCACAAGUUGCAUCUCUUGUACAAUCCACCAGUCUUGCAUCCAGCAACAGUUUCCCUCUUAGGGGCAGUUCGGGAAUUCCUUCUAUCAUGUCUACAUCGACCCUCCAACGAGAUGGGAACAUAGAAAAUGUUCAAAACAGACCGCAGAAUUGGGGUUUACAAGGUGUGGAUUUAACCCCAAAUCCUUCUCAGCAUACAAACAAUAUGCAAGGAGGAAUGAAUGUGCUUCAUCAUAACUAUAUUUCUGAUCAGAAUAUCGGGGGUAGUAAGGUAAUUAUCUCGUCUGGGGAAGGAAGUUGGACUCAUAUUACAGACGAUCCUUCACCCGUUAAUCAACCAUUUGGCACUGAGGAAUACAGCCAAGAGGAUCUCCUAACACCAUUCCUUACACAGCAAGAAGGGGUGGGACAGGCGGAAAAUGAUUUUGGGUUCGAUUGGUAUUCUUCUUCGGAUAAUCUCCCGGUGUAAGGAGGACAUCGUGGGUGUACAUAAACGAUUGGUUCGAGCCAUAUUCGUCAAGAUUCAUAAUGAAGAUGGAUGAUGAUAAGGCGAUAUGCAAAGGCAUAUUUGCUGAAAUUUUUAGGUUGAUAAUGAAAAAUUAGUGACAACAAUGGUGGUUAACGUUGUGAACUGGAUUUGUCAAGGGUUGAUGAUGGUUUUAGGACAGCUUGGUGUUUUGUGUUUGUUUCUUUUAGAUUUUUAAUGUAUUGCAAUUCAUGGAUAUUGAUGUUCUUUUAAGAUUUGUCGGUAAAUAGUCGGUUACUGGAUGA